AAUGUCUUUGCUGUUAUGACAACAGAAGUUCUAGCACGUUCUUGUUCUAUUUUUUCUGGUUUGUCCGUAAGUUAUCGCGAGAUUUUACCACUUUCUUAUUGGUUGUUGAAGGUAGUAGCUAGCAGCUGGGACGACGAGAAGGGAGCGAGCGGCCCUUUGGGAGGAAACCAGCGUGAACUUGCCCGGGCGAAGAAUGCCAAGAAGCAAGCUGACCUGAGCAAGGGCAAGAAGGGUGAGGAUGGCUUGUCUGCCGCCGCGCGCAAGCUGAGGGAUGCAGAGAUAAUGCAGCAGAAGCAGAAAAAGGCAGCUGACAAGGGAAGUAAUGACACCAAGUCCAAAUAACUUCCUGAAGACAGACAUGGUCCCGUUGGGGGGGAUUACUUCUUUUUGACGUUGUGAGAAGGAAUCUCUCAUUGUAGACUCCUACACUCAUCCCUGCCUAUGGCAAAUUACACGGUUCAUCGUGGCUUAUUGGAUUUGUGUUUAUAUAUUAAACGAUCUGACUAAAAAAAGGCAGAAGGAGUUGGUGGUUUAACCACAUUCACUUUGCAUGUUUCAUUCUGAACAGUGUUCUAGUGUAGCAUAGAGCUCUAAUGAUUCUGUACACCAAGACCCAAUAUUGCUGUGUAUUUUUCUAUCAAACUGUGUUACCCCGCUGAUUCCAAAUAAAGUGUAAAUCUUUUUAGUUCA